GGUCUGCUCAGGUUCGGCUCGAUGAAAUCAAGCACAUCCAUUCCUGGAGCAGGUUCAGCGAUGCUUCGCGGAGUGAAACUUCGUAAAUGCGAUUAUUUAACGAACCUUCCGGCCUUUCAUCCAUGUCUCGAUAUUCGUUGUAAAGGAAAACACCAAAUGGAAGAAGUCAAACUUACCAUCGCAAAACUUCUGUCUUAGCGUACUUGUCAACGUAUUCACUGAAGUCGAAGUUUAUCUGCAAGGAAGUAAUUUUUAUGAUGAACACAACGAUAGUUCUAAGCACC